AUGCACAUUAGUUUGAGUUUUCCCUUUCUCUCCUUACUGAACAGAACUUUAAAUUCCAUAUUACACUCUGCUGGAACUCCCCUUCCUGGUUUCGCGAUGGUCGAGAAAUGUGUAUUUCCACAAAAGAAGAAGAAGAACAGUAGCAAUCAACAAAAAUCAAAAGACGACAACAACAGCAAUGUCACGACCGUUAUCUUAAAGGCUGAUCUACACUGUGAAGGAUGUGUUUCUAAAGUGUUGAAAUGCAUUCGCUCUUUUAGUGGAGUCCAGAAAGCGUCUAUUGGAGACGUGCAGCAGAUUACGGUGGUGGGGAAAGUCGACCCUGCCCGACUUUGCGAAAAACUUGAGAAGAAAACACACAAAAGAAUCGAAAUUAUUUCGCCUUCAAAUGAUAAGAAAGGAAUAGAAGAAAAAGAUGGCAAUGGCGGCAAGGAAGGAAAACCGGGGAAGAAGAACGAAAUCAAAGGCAAAAACUCCAAUAUAAAAAAUACUAAGGAGAAGCUUCCAGUGACGACAGCCGUGCUGAAGGUUCAUCUGCACUGCCACGGUUGCACACAAAAAAUCUGUAAACUCGUCACCAAGACCAAGGGAUAUGAAGAUAUGAAGAUGGACAAGGUGAAAGAGUUGGUGACAGUGAGGGGCGCCAUGGACAUGAGUGCUUUAGCUAAUUCGCUGAAGAAACAUUUAAAAAGGGAGGUUCAGAUUUUGCCGCAAGCUGAGAAGAAAGAUAAUAGCGACAAGGUAAUUAAUAAGGUCCAAAAGGAGAAGGAAAAUGAAAAGGAAAAGGAAAAGGAAAAGGGCGGCGGGUCAAAAACUACUUCUGGUGCUGGUGAGAAGGCGGUGCCGAGUGGCCCAGAAAAAACCCAAGGGAACAACAAAGCCAAGUCCCAAGUUGGGCCGGUUUUAAACGGGCCGGGUUUUGUGGUGGAGCAGUUUCACUACAGCCCGUGUGAGUUUGGGUCCCACCACGCGCCUCAAAUUUUUAGUGAUGAGAAUCCAAAUGCUUGUUGUGGGCCGAUGAAUGAGGGAAGCCUUUGGGCACAUGCAGUCAUUGAUUUCACGGCCGUGAAAAACUUGGCGCUCGUGAUUCAAAAAUGGGGCUGUGGUAAAAAAGCCUCUCGUUUUCGACCCAAUUUUGGGGAGUGCAGUGGAGGGUGCACUGGGCAGUAUGGGGUAGUGCCUUGCCAUUGUAAAAGAGGACAAGAGUAG